AUUAAUAAAGCAACGCGCUUGGUUGCUGGCGGCUCACACCCCAGCCUCUCAGCCCCUCCCCUGUGGAGCACUGAGAGCCCUCAACCCAAAGAGGCUCGUUGCUCGUUGCUCGUUUGAGAAGUCGAAAGGUUUACCCAGGAGACGGAAAAGCCGGAACAAGAUACGAGAAAUGCCUGCAAAGAAAAAACUUGAAGGCAAAGCUAAAGCCGGGAGUAUACCGGGGGAUACAGGAUCUGUGGCAACCGCGACUAUGGUUCGGCGCCAAAUGCCGCCGCGCGCCUGCAAGAGCAAGAGCCAGAGCGCCGCCAGGCCCAGUCUUAGUCCCAGCCGCCUGGCCAAGAAGCCCAGCCUGACGCCGACCACCGGUUCUCAGGCGCCAUCGCAGACCAUCGCAAAGUCGAGGCCCACCGGUCUCGAGACGAUUUUUGAACGGCCCGGCAAUGAGAACGACGGGCCCACCAGCAGCCAUGCCGUGGCAUUCGGCGAGUGCCAGCGCCGCGUCCUCGCCCUGGGUACGGGCGAAAAAAAAAGAACCCUGUCGCAGAAGAGCUGCCUGAAGGUGCGCAACACCUUGGGCGAACGCAGCACCCGGCACAUGAUGACACUGCGGGCGUCCGGCACUACUUUGGACAGCGUAAUGCUCGGGGGCUCGGACGAUGAAGGCGAGUCGGUCGGAGUCGCUCCCGUAGCUGCUCCCGAAGUCGCUCCCGAAGUCGUUCCCGCUGGAGGAAAUGCCGGUACAAAUCAGCCGGCACCAUUCGUGCUGCGCACCAGCAAGAGGCUCAAGAGUCUGCCUCCGUUUUAGAUUGUUGCACCUUCCACCCUCCAAAUGAAAGAAAAAGA